UUUACUUUUUGGUACAAUAUUUUAAGAAGACUUAACUUCCCUAGAAAUCUAAUUGUAUAACCCCACGUGAGCAUCAUGGCGGCCUUCGGUGAUGCGGACGAGCUUUUUAGCGUCUUUGAAGAAAAGGAAGAUUCCUCGCCGAAACCUGGACCUUCCAAGGAGGAGGAUAAGACACAGAGGAAGGGAAAAUAUCCAGACAAAGCCAGCAAGAGCAAGAGGAGCAGAGUGCAGGAAGAAGAGGAGGAUGCUGGGAGUAAGAAACCCAAGACAGUGUCGAUAUCCGUCCUGUCUGAACCCAUGAACACAGAGGCGCUCUCACAGGCUGAACUUGACCUGCUGCCCAAAAUCCGCACUGAGACAGUGGACACAGAGCAGGCCUGUACACAUGAGGUGGCCUAUCCUGAAGACUGUAAAUAUGAACCUGUCAAGGAACUCUCCACAACUCCUGCUAAGGUGUACCCGUUUGUACUGGACCCUUUCCAGAAGGAGGCUCUGAGAUGUCUGGAGAGUAACCAGUCAGUUCUGGUGUCCGCUCACACGUCUGCCGGCAAGACUGUGGUGGCUGAGUAUGCCAUUGCGAUGUCCUUAAGAGACAAGCAGCGAGUGAUCUACACCACUCCCAUCAAAGCCCUGAGUAACCAGAAGUACCGAGAGCUGUAUGAGGAGUUCCAGGAUGUCGGACUGAUGACCGGAGACGUCACCAUCAACCCCACCGCAUCCUGUCUCGUCAUGACAACAGAGAUCUUACGAAGCAUGUUGUACCGAGGAUCUGAGCUGAUGAGAGAGGUGGCCUGGGUGGUAUUUGAUGAGAUUCACUACAUGAGAGACAAAGAGCGUGGUGUAGUUUGGGAGGAGACCAUCAUCCUCCUGCCCGACAACGUGCACUACGUGUUCCUGUCCGCCACCAUCCCCAACGCCAGGCAGUUCGCGGAGUGGAUCUGCUGGCUGCACAAACAGCCCUGCCACGUGGUGUACACAGACUACAGACCUGUGCCGUUGCAGCACUACAUCUUUCCAGCAGGGGGCGAUGGUUUACAUCUGGUGGUGGAUGAAACAGGCUCUUUUCGAGAAGACAACUUUAACACAGCCAUGGCUGUGCUGCGAGACGGGGGAGACAACUCCAAGGGGGACCGCUGGAGCAAGAAGGGCUUCACAAAAGGCCCGUCCAAUGCCUUUAAGAUUGUUAAGAUGAUCAUGGAGAGGAACUUCGCUCCCGUCAUCGCCUUCAGCUUCAGUAAGAAGGAGUGUGAGGCCUACGCUCUGCAGAUGUCAAAACUGGACUUCAACACAGAUGAGGAGAAGAAGCUGGUGGAGGAAGUUUUCUUCAAUGCCAUCGACUGUCUGUCAGAUGAAGACAAGAAACUUCCUCAGGUGGAGCAUGUCCUCCCCCUGCUGAAGCGCGGCAUCGGGAUCCAUCAUGGUGGCCUGCUGCCCAUCCUGAAGGAGACCAUCGAGAUUCUCUUCUCCGAGGGACUCAUCAAGGCCCUUUUUGCUACAGAAACCUUCUCCAUGGGGCUGAACAUGCCGGCCAGAACAGUCCUCUUCACCAGCGCUCGCAAGUUUGACGGCAAGGACUUCAGAUGGGUGUCGUCAGGAGAGUAUAUCCAGAUGAGCGGGCGGGCGGGACGGCGAGGUCUAGACGAGCGAGGAAUCGUCAUCCUCAUGAUCGACGAGAAGAUGGGACCGAGCGUCGGCAAGAACCUCCUCAAGGGAGCUCCGGACCCCCUGAACAGUGCGUUCCACCUGACCUACAACAUGGUGCUGAACCUGCUCAGGGUCGAGGAGAUCAACCCAGAGUUCAUGCUGGAGAAAUCCUUCUACCAGUACCAGAACUACAGCUCCAUACCAGCCAUGAUCACUAAACUACAGAAGCUCCAGGAGGACUACAACGCCAUGUCCGUUCCAGAAGAAGACUCCAUCACAGCGUACUACAAGCUCCGGCAGCAGCUGGACAAACACGGGCAGGAGAUAGAGGCGUUUAUCCAGAAGCCGAAGUACUGCCUGCCCUUCCUGCAGCCUGGCCGACUUGUUAAGGUGCGCAACGAGGCUGACGACUUCGGCUGGGGCGUUGUCAUCAACUUCCAGAAGAAGGCCAACCAGAAGGCACCCAACAACAGCACCACUGAGCCCCUGUAUGUAGCAGAGGUUCUCCUGCUCUGCUCGAAGGAGUCCGUCCGGAACGCCUCCACGGAGUCCGCCAAGCCGUGCCGGGCGGGAGAGAAGGGCGAAAUGGUCGUGGUUCCCAUCAUGCUCCAGCUGAUCCGCUCCAUCAGCAGCGUGCGGCUCUACAUCCCCAAGGACCUGCGGCCGCUCGACAACAGGGAGAGCGUGCUCAAGUCCAUACAGGAGGUCCAGAGAAGAUUUCCCCAUGGUGUGCCCUUACUGGACCCAAUAGAGGACAUGGGCAUCAAGGACGACCAGCUCAAGACUACAGUCAGGAAAAUCGAGGCGUUUGAACACCGUAUGUACUCCCACCCUCUCCAUUCUGACCAGCGACUUCCAGAGCUGUACUCUCUUGUGGAAAAGAAGGCGCAGUUGGCUGGAGAACUGAAGGCAGCCAAACGCGAGGUGAAGAAGGCGCGCACGAUUAUCCAGAUGGACGAGCUGAAGUGCCGUAAGCGGGUGCUGAGGAGGCUGGGAUACGCCACAACAGCUGAUGUCAUCGAGAUGAAGGGACGGGUCGCCUGCGAGAUUAGCAGUGCUGACGAGCUGCUCCUUACUGAGAUGAUCUUCAAUGGAGUCUUUAACGACCUUGAUGCCCACCAGUGCGUGGCUCUUCUUAGUGUCUUUGUCUUCCAAGAAAAGGCAUCUGAGAUGCCGAGGCUGACAGAAGAGCUGGCGGGUCCCCUCAGACAGAUGCAGGAGUCAGCGAGGAGAAUCGCGAAGGUGUCAGCGGAGGCUAAGAUGUCGAUAGAUGAGGAGGACUACGUGGAGUCGUUCCGCCCCCACAUGAUGGACGUGUGUCACGCCUGGAGCAAGGGCGCAACCUUCGGACAGAUCUGCAAGAUGACCGACAUCUUUGAAGGAAGUAUUAUACGCUGCAUGAGGAGACUUGAGGAGUUGAUGAGAGAAAUGUGCCAUGCAGCAAAGGCCAUCGGGAACACUGAGCUGGAGAACAAGUUUGCUGACGGUAUCACUAAGAUCAAGAGAGACAUCGUGUUUGCAGCCAGCCUGUACUUAUGA